AUGCUUACCGAGGAUAUGCCGGCUGGAAAGCCAGUUCAAUUGGCUGCUGCCAGCUCCGAGGCUUGGCCCUUGACACAAGCGCAGAUGGUGGUCGUCGCUGAGGGACCGGCAUUGCGCGCGGGUUGA